AUGCAUACAAUUGCUGAAAAUGAUGAUGUUGAAUGUGAUGGUAUGCCAUAUUGUAAUGAAAUGCCAUUAGAAAAUGGCAAACCAUACGUUGGUUUGGCGUUUUCUUAUAUUGAAGACGCUGAUUUGUUCUACAAAGAAUGUGGGAGAAGUAAAAAAAUUUCGACACGUAAGAGAUCAUCUUAUGCAACUGCACAAAAAGGAGGUAUAAGUAGAGUAAUAUUUGUUUGCAGUUGUGAAGGAAUCUGCGACAGAGAUUCAAACUAUGAUGAUUUUGAUGGUGAAGUCGAGCCCGAGGCUGAGAAGAGAAGAAAACAGAAUACUUCCACCAUGAGAACAAAUUGUAAGGCUAUGAUGCAUAUAGUUUUGGACACAAAACGAAAGACGUGGUAUGUUAAUACAUUUGUACAUGAGCAUAAUCACGAAAUGGUUUCUCCUAAAAAGCGAGCCCUCAUGAGGUCAAACAAGUAUAUGCCACUUGAAGCUAAAAGCAUGGCGGAGGCAUUUAACAAAAAUAAACUCCCAGUUGGUAAGGUUGUGUUGUUGUUUGGGCAAAUUGAAAAUGCUACAUUCACUCCUAGGGAUGUAUAUAAUCAUCUGAGGACGGUUAGAAAAUCUUUAUUAGAUGUUGGAGAUGCAUAA